GUUCACAAGAGAGAAGCACGCAGCAAAUUGAAUUUAGUCGUUUACGUCACUUUGUAGCGAUUUUCACCAAAACUAAGCAUGUUUCGGCCUAUAGUUUCAUAUAAUACCAUUUCCACCGACCAACUUUAGUUGAUAAUACGUAUUGUAAAGUGCAGUAUCUUAACCAGCUACAUUUUAAAUGGUACAUCGAAAUAAUAUAUUUGAAAGGCAAACGCUUAUUUUCUUAUUCAGCUAACGCGUUAGCCAGCUAUUGACUGUUUAGACUGCAAACGGCAACUUCACAUGGCUUCUGUCCUGAAUGUUCAAACCCUACAGGGUUUAAGAAUAUUUCAACAGUCCGUGUCCUGCAAUGUUCUUUUAUUAUCUCAUCUUAGGAAAUUGAUAUGGACCAAAGGAUUUGUGUGGUUUGCCUCAAUUGGGCAAGGCAGGAUAGAAAAAGUCCUCAUUGCCAACAGAGGAGAAAUCGCCUGCCGUGUGAUGCGAACAGCAAAGAAGAUGGGUGUGCGCUCUGUGGCAGUAUACAGUGAUGCAGAUCGUCAUUCCAUGCAUGUGGCCAUGGCAGAUGAGGCCUAUAACAUUGGGCCAGCCGCAUCCCAGCAGAGUUACUUGUCCAUGAAGAAAGUCAUGGAGGUUGCCAAGAGGUCUGGAUCACAUGCUGUCCACCCAGGAUAUGGCUUCCUGUCAGAGAACACAGAGUUUGCUGAGGCAUGCAAACAGGAGGGUAUCAUCUUUAUUGGCCCUCCAUCAUCUGCUAUCAGAGACAUGGGUAUCAAAAGUACAUCAAAAUACAUAAUGUCAGCUGCGGGUGUUCCUAUCAUCGAGGGUUACCACGGAGAGGACCAAUCGGAUGAGAAGCUCCAAGCUGAGGCUGUCAGGAUAGGCUACCCAGUGAUGAUAAAGGCUGUGCGUGGCGGGGGUGGUAAAGGAAUGCGCAUUGCACACACCGCUGAAGACUUCCAUGAGCAGCUUGAGUCUGCGAGACGAGAGGCUCGCAAGUCCUUCAAUGAUGAUGUCAUGCUAGUGGAGAAAUUUGUAGAGGACCCCAGACAUGUGGAGGUCCAGGUUUUUGGGGACCAGUAUGGAAAUGCUGUCUACCUGUUUGAGAGGGAUUGCAGCGUGCAGAGAAGGCACCAGAAGAUCAUUGAGGAAGCACCAGGGCCUGGAAUUAGCAAGGACGUGAGGCGGAAACUGGGUGAGGCAGCCGUGAGAGCAGCCAAAGCCGUCAACUAUGUGGGAGCAGGCACUGUGGAGUUCAUCAUGGAUGCACAGCACAACUUCUUCUUCAUGGAGAUGAACACGCGUCUGCAGGUGGAGCACCCUGUGUCUGAGAUGAUCACUGGUACUGACCUGGUGGAGUGGCAGCUCAGGGUGGCUGCAGGCGAGAGGCUGCCCCUCCUGCAGGAGGAGAUAGAACUGAUGGGCCAUUCGUUUGAGGCCAGGAUAUACGCUGAGGACCCCAACAACGACUUCCUCCCUGGGGCAGGACCCCUCCUUCAUCUGUCUACACCCCUGGCAGACGAAUGCACACGCAUCGAGACAGGCGUCAGGGAAGGAGAUGAAGUGUCAGCCCACUACGACCCCAUGAUCGCUAAACUGGUGGUGUGGGGAGAGGACCGCUCUGCUGCUCUGAGGAAGCUCAGAUACUGCUUACGUCAGUACAACAUUGUAGGCCUCAACACCAAUAUUGACUUCCUGCUGAGUCUGUCUGGCCACCCAGAGUUUGAGGCAGGGAAUGUGACCACCAGCUUCAUCACCCAGCACUAUGAGCAGCUGUUCCCCAAGCCCAGCCCUCCCUCCAGGGCCACACUGUGUCAGGCUGCCCUGGGCCUGCUGCUCAGAGAGAGGGCCAGCACUCGAACCUUCAGAGACCAGUCCAACGAUCCCUUCUCUCCUUUUGCCUCCAGUAUCGGCAGGAGGGUGAACAUCCUAUGUAGUAGGAAUAUGACGCUCCAGCUGGGUGAAACUAAAGUGGAAUUAACGGUUACAUAUAAUCCAGAUGGGACCUACUCUAUGGAGAUUGGAGGGGAAGUGUUCCAGGUGUCAGGGGAGGUGGAGACAGAGGGACAGACAUCAUUCCUGCACUGCUCUGUCAACGGGGUGAAGUCCCGGCCCAAACUGGUCAUCCUGGAUAACACAGUACACCUCUUCUCUAUGGAGGGUAGUGCGGAGGUGAGCAUUCCAGUGCCCAAGUUCCUGGCUGGUGUGAGCACAGGAGCACAGGGAGGAGCUGUGGCACCCAUGACUGGGACCAUUGAGAAGGUGCUGGUGAAGGCAGGAGACACAGUGCAGAUGGGAGACUCCUUGAUGGUGAUGAAUGCCAUGAAAAUGGAGCACAUCAUCCGAGCACCCAAAGCUGGAGUCAUCAAGAAGGUGUUUUUCAAGGAUGGCUCCCAGGCCAACCGACACGCAGCCCUGGUAGAGUUUGAGGAGGCCGCUGAGGAAGAAUAAUCUAAUCCUCAUGUGUGAAUAUUUAUUUGUGAACUUUGAGACUAAGUUACUGUAGAAAUCAAAUGUACAAUCCUAAGGGAACACUGUACAGUUGCCAGAAAAUUGCCUUCAUGUUUUGUGGCAGAAAUGUGUCGAUAUUUAACAAUACUGGUAUAUUUGCUUAGGUUUUUUUUCUAAUCCAAAUUUUCUGAUGGCUGUGUAGAAGUCUGGCUUUUGUACUAUUCUCCUCUUGCAGUUUUCUCUUUGCAGACUGCCAUCUUUGAAGUCGUUUGUGGUGUUGUCAAAAUGAAAGGUGAUGUAAAAAAAAAAGUCAGUGAUUGGUUCUUCUCUAACCAAUCAGAAUUUUCAAAAUGCCACUUUACCAUCAGUUUCUGGGACCAAUUAGAUGGUCUAGAAUGGAUUUCUAUUUGGGGAGUUACUCAGAUCAAAUCAAAUUUUAUUUGUCACAUACACAUGGUUAGCAGAUGUUAAAUGCGAGUGUAGCGAAAUGCUUGUGCUUCUAGUUCCGACAAUGCAGUGAUAACCAACAAGUAAUCUAACUAA